AGCAUUUAGUUGCAGCUGUAUUUUCGAAUUGAACGGUCGGUCGCGUGAGAGGCCAUAGGCAGGCACUCAGCCUCCUGGUGAAGGGAAAGACGAAACGGAACAUUUGAAUAUAUAAAAUUUUCAAACGAAACAAGUGCAUAUUUUUAGAAAUUCUUUGCUGAAAAAUUAUACGACAAGGAACAAAUUCAUUCAUAAAUUUACGAAAAAAUAAUUAUGAAAAAUCAAAAGAAAACUUGGGAAAUUAAUUGAAAAUAUCAGAGAAAAAUGAAAUAUUGAUAUUAAUUUAUAUAAUCAGCAGAGAAAAAUCACAACAACCCGAACCCAAAAAUUGCCAAGUGAAAUCGAAGGGAAGGCCCUUCGACACAAACCCACGAACAAAUGAAAGUGAAUUAACUGAGUGAAAAAAAAAAUAAAACGAAAGAAAAAACAGAAACAACAAUAAGCAAGCAAAACGAUUAGAAUGUCCCGGGAAACGUUCGGAUAUAAGAAGUGGUCUUGGUGUUUGGUGAUUCUUUUGCUGGUCCUAACUUUUUUGCCACCCUCACAGGAAUUUUCCUUUGGCUGGGGUAAUGGCGACGACGAUGGCAAAUCCAGGGAGGCAGCUGGCACUUCGGCCAGCAGGGAAGGCCGCAAGCAGCCAAAACGCCACUUGGUCGAAAAGAAACAUAAAUUUCAUAAAAUUGAACGCAUUAUACCCGAAGGCUAUGAUGAAGAGGCAGAUGAGGACGAUGAUACAGGAGGUGAUGAAAAUGCCUCCACCAAUGUUGAGGAGGAUAGGACAGAGGAAAACAAUGGUGGUGGUGAGGAUGUAGAUGAAGAUGAGGCAACCAAUGAAAAUGACGGAGAAGAGGAGGAGGAAGAAGACGUCUCUCGCAAAGAACGCGCUGCAUCUAUCAACAGUGCAAACAAUGAUGAUGAAGAAGAAGAGUAUCGUUUCAAAAAGGCGCGCAGAGCUGAAAAACCAGCACGAUCUUCAAAAAACAAAGCGGCCAGUACUGAAAGUCAAGAAAAAUCAGGAUCAUGGUUUUCCUCUCUCUUUGGUGGCGGUGGUGGCAAAUCGAACAAAGAAGAGUCAAGCAAACAACAGGAAUCUGCCGAAGAAUCCGCAACAGCAACUUCGAAAUCAAAUGGCAUUAUUGAUUGGAUUUUAUGGUUGGGUGAACGAACUGGACGUCUGAGACCUGAUUCCACAGAAGACACCUCAGCUCCAGCUGAUAGCAGUGGCGAAACAUGGAUGGAUUAUUUAAAUCGUUGGCCCUUCAAUAGUCUCUUCCCAAUUGGCAAGCCUCCGAAACCCAUAAAAAUUCCCAAAGUCGCCAAGAAACGUAGUAAAGAUGUUUCACAUGAUGAGGCUGCAUCCACCGAGCCGCCAAUGAGUCAAGAGUCCUUUGAUAAUUUACUUUAUAGUUUACCGAAUUUCAUUGUCAAACCUCAGGAUAUUGAAAAUGGCGAGUGUCGCGAACAGUUACAGAUCUUCCAGCGCCAACUGAGAGGUCAUAAGUUGUGGACUCUACAGAUGCUGGAUGCCACAGGCAAGGUUGGACCUGGACUAUUGCGUGGCAAUAUCAAUCAAUUUGGUGACUUUAAUAUGUGCACCGAUAUCAAGACAAUUGUUAAAGUUACCUCAAAUCAUCCGGUGAGGAUACGUGGUAAAUAUUGCCUGGCCCACAUUGAGACACAAACUUCGGUGAGUGAGCUGAAGAUUCCAGUGCACAUGCUGCACGGUCGAGGUCUCUUCAACAGUCAUUUGGGAAAUCCCUACCAUUUCAUACCACGUUAUGGUGUAGCCAAUUGGGGUAUAUGUGUUCCAAAUGCCUGUGACGGUGAUGUUGUACGUCAAAUGCUCCAAUCAAGUCUGCAGGGUUACAAUAACACUGGCGUCGAGUUACAUGUCGAGGUCGAUGAUAAUGAUUGUUAUGUCAAGCAGAAUCGGAAAUUUUUAAAAAUUCUGCAGAAGGAUAAAAAGUUUUGUGCCACAGUCUUAUAUAUCUUUGGUCUUAUCCUUAUCUCUUUCUCUACGAUGGCCUGGGAGAACUGGUCACGUAUACAACCAAUGCUGGAACGUGUAAUAUCCCUAAUAAAAAUUGUGGUAGAUGCCAUUAAAACUAUGAUAAAGAAAAUAUCAGAAUUGCUCAAAGGUUUAAUGGAGAAACUCAAGAAGAAACCAGAAAGUGGAGAGGAAGAAGAUAACAAGGAUUCGAACGAAGAUGAAACUAAAAGUGAUGGUGAGAAAAAGGAUAAAGAAGAAAAUGAAACAAAAGAAGCAGAUGAGCAGGAAGAAGAGGCUAAACCUGAAGAGAAGGAAGAAGAAUCUGAACCAAAGGUGGAGGGACAGGCCGAAGCUGAGGAAGGAGAUCCAACAAGUGAUGAUCUCUCUUUCAAUACGCUGGCUUUGGAGAUUUUCAAAUCAUUUUCACCGAAACGUAGCCUUGACAUACUCUUGGCCGAUGACGAUACGCACGAUAUACCAUUUCCCUUAUUUCACGUGCUAAAAGUGGUUGCCACUUUGAUGCUUUAUUUAUGUUUGAAAUUUCUGAUGAUUGGCCAUUUGCCAAUAACAAAUCGUGAUCAACUUGUUCGCACAUUUGAUAAUCCCCUGAGUAUUUUGAUACGUUCUCCGAUGAUUUAUGCCGAUAUUUUACUAUUGAUCAGUGGCUUCCUGACGGCCUAUCAACUUUCCGAAGAAAUGGAACAGAAAUCCUAUAUACAGCUGCUGAAACGUCUGGCCCUGAAAAUAAGUCGUUAUUUACCCACAGUUUAUCUGUUGAUAUGUUUUCAAACUUGGAUUCUACCUCAUUUGAAUUCUGGCCCAUUGUGGGAAAAUUUAGUGGGGCACAAUUCUCGAUUGUGCGAUGAUCAAUGGUGGCGCAAUAUAUUAAGUCUACAGAAUGCCAUCGAUUUUGAAGAGACGUGUUCACCAUCCACCAUUCAACUUGCCUUGGAGGUGCAAUUAUAUCUGGUGGGCCCGCUUGUAGUAUGGCUUUAUUAUACCGAUUCCGAUGCAUCCUUUUUCGUAUAUGGAGCUCUGCAUGCCAUGUCAGUUGCGGCACGGUAUGCCCGGACCAAUAAGGAGCAUCUGUCGAUGACGCUAUUUCAUGGUAUCAAUGUCAGUAAAUUCUAUCGAACUGCCAACAUAUUGUAUUCCUCGCCCAUAAGUCGUGCCACUACCUAUCUGUUGGGUAUAGGAGCUGGUAUAUUUCAACGUUCCAAUAAUGGUGUUUUGGAUUUGACACCGGAAAUGAUGAAAUUCGGUUGGGCCCUGUCUAGUUUGGGUUUAUUUUGGUGUUUUUGGUCACCGGCUUCGAGUAUGCGUACCGAUUUUAUUUAUACCUCCUCGGAUGCAGCCUCAUAUGCGUCAUGGUGUCCUUUGGUGUUUGGUCUUAGUUUGUGUUGGUUUAUUUUUAUGCUGCCGAAAGAUAGUGAAAAUGCAGUGCUAAAAUUUUUAACAACAUCCAAAGUGUUUCUGGUACUAUCCCGCCUUAUAUUCCCCAUACAAAUGGUAAUGUACAUUGUGGUCCUCUAUGGUACGGCAAAGGUCAAGGAAACGGAUAAAUUUCAUUUAACUGAUUUGUUUAAUAUUCAAGAGAUUGCCAUAAUCCUACUGGGUGCCCUGGCUGUGUCUUUUCUCAUCGAUAUACCCUCUCAAAAUAUACGUCGCUUAAUAAUUAAUCGCAUUUUCAUCGAAAGACCCCAUUUGGAGGGUGAUGACCAUGCAACGAGUGAAGGCGAACCAAUGUCAGAGGCUUCCGAAGAAAAUAGUGAACAAGUACCGACCAGUGAUACACCUGAACCACCCGACACCGUAUGGGGUUCAGAUCCUGAGGAAGAAGAACAAAAAUAUAUACAAAGAAGACGUAGCUCAUUGGUGGAAAGUGAUGCUAAAAAAGUAGCCGAGUCUAAGAAGGAAGAAGCCGAAGAGGAAGAAGAGGAGGAGGAGGAAGAGGAAGAAGAGUAGGAAAUUAGUGAAAAGGAAGAGGUCAAGAAGCAUCCAUAGAUAGAUUCCCUAUAUCUUCGUUGCGUCAAUGAUUUGAAAUCAAAAUCAAAUCCCAAAAAUAUUUUCCAAUUCCCACAAAAGACAUACAAAACUUAAAAUACCGUUUUUUUCUUUAUAAGGCCACAAUAACGAGUAUUUCCUUAGAUUGAAUGUCCUUCCAAAUCUCUUUAGAACCAUUUCCAUAUUUUAUUAGAAUCAAAGAAUUAUAUUUCCUUUACAAUCGCCAAUUAUCAAUCCUGAUAUUUUAUAGUUUUAAUUUUAAAUGUUAUUUUAUACAAGUGUUCAUGCAUAAUAUUGUUAAAUAUUAUAU